CUUCGUAACGUGGAAGAUUGGUAGAGAUAAACGAUUGCGUGGAUGUAUAGGUACCUUUUCUGCCAUGAACCUGCAUUCAGGACUCAGGGAGUACACGCUUACUAGUGCCCUUAAAGAUAGCCGAUUCCCCCCAAUGACGAGGGAUGAGCUGCCACGGCUUUUCUGCUCAGUGUCUCUGCUUACUAAUUUUGAAGAUGUCUGUGAUUACUUAGACUGGGAGGUGGGUGUACAUGGCAUUAGAAUAGAAUUCAUCAAUGAAAAAGGAUCAAAACGCACCGCCACCUACUUACCGGAGGUUGCAAAGGAGCAAGGAUGGGACCAUAUUCAGACCAUAGAUUCCUUAUUGAGGAAAGGAGGCUACAAAGCUCCAAUUACAAAUGAUUUCAGGAAAACAAUAAAACUGACCAGGUAUCGUAGUGAGAAGAUGACCAUGAGUUACACAGAAUACCUUGCCCACCGCCAGCACCACCACUUCCAGAACGGCAUUGGGCACAGCCUUCCACCGUACAACCAUUACUCCUGACACUGAGCCGCAUGACCAGUCCUUGGACCUCUCUGCAGACCUCUUCCCAGGAGACCCGGCCCCCUCUUGGUCUAGCUAUCUCUAUUACUGUACCAUUUUAUGAUGAUAGUUUCCGUUGCCAUGAUGACGCUUCUCCGUGGUAGGUUAAGUUCACCAUGGCAACGGGUGGAAACGCUGCAUCAUUAACGGAAAAAACAUCCCUUCAUUCUUUCUUUUUUUUAAAAAAAUAGUAUUAAGUCACUGUGGGCUUAUUAGGGUUUUCUUUGGGGUCUAUUUUUUUCACAGCAUAUAAAAACUCGGGACUUUUUUAUAUAUAAAAUUUUAAAUUUCUACUUCGUGAACAUUGAAAUUAUAUCAAUCAAGGUUUUCUGUGAGACUGGGGAAUAGAGGGAAAGAGUUUAAUGCUUAAGAGUUUGAACUAGAUAGAGAGAGACAGAGAGGAAAGCAAGGUCAGCUGCUCACAAAAUAAUAAGACAUAUCGGAUUUGGGUCAGAAGAACCAGGAGACCUAAGUAGGACUAGCCCUGCAAUUCCUCAAAAUCUUUCUCACAAGGAAAGGUUUUCGUUCUUUCAUGUAGGCAAAUGCGUAGAUCCUCAGAGUCCUGUCCUGGUGGGCCCAGGAGGGACAACGAUAGGAUAAAUGACUCCAUUGGGAGAAGAAAAAGACAACGAUUUUUGACAGGAGAGAUCCGGUAAUCAUAGGAUAAAUUUCAUUGCUUGCCCAGGCUGGGAUCCUGGUUCCACUGACUUGGCAAGAUGUUUCUGAUACGAAUCACUGGAACUGAAAUCUCAUCCCAAGCGGCUGAUCUGGGAAAACUGUGGUCCACCUUCCCAUCCAUGGGACUUGAAAGGAGGAGGUGGCUUCUCACUUUCCCUGUCAGUGCCUUGUGCAGCCCCUCUUUCCAGCAAAGGGACAUGCGCAGGAGUGAGGGACUGAUGCGCCGACAAGGUUCAGCAUCUAGCACCAAUGCCAUUCGGAGAUUCCUAAGCUAGGAGUUGCUUUCAUCACCGAAAUGAUCGGCAGAUAGCAACGGUUGCGUUAGGAAGUCAAUGGAUUUAGGUAUUAGUGCCUUCAACUAGGAUACAAGUUUUACUGAAACAAUAGGAAGAAAAGCAGGGAAGCAGAACCAUGACUGUGUCGAAAUCCAUCAUUUACUGAGAGCAGGCGAGGGAUGAAAUUUCGACGGAAGGGAGCAAAAUUUGUCUUUCUUCCUCCCGUCCUGUGAAAUUUUGGUCUCUGGACGUUUGUUACAUUGCAGUUUAGCCAAACUCAGUUAGUCCUUAAGAGGGGGGUAGGGAUGAGUAGUGUUUUUGGAUAUCAGGUGUCUGGAGAGUACCGUGACGCUGGCUGGAGUCCUCUCUUGUAUGGAAGAGGCAAAUGGAGUCACUGACGGACGCUCCAGUAAUGGGGAUGGGAAUAGAAAGAAAGGUAUUGAUGAAGUUGGAAGGCCUCAGUUGGGGCCAUCGCCUUGUCCUGUGCACUUCCAAAUCUCUCAUGAACUUUGAGUAUGGCAAAGUGCAUAUUCAGGGGGAGAGAGAAUAGGACCUACCCUUUUGCUAGGAGACCUCCUUUUUGGCAGAAAUGGCUAGCAACUAGUGAAAAGCAUCCUCAGAUGUUAUUCCAAGGGGUAACUGGGCAUAUAGGGAAGCAAGCAGAGCUGGUUCUCACAGGAGCCACCAUCAUUCCUUCAUCCAUUGCAUUUAAAUGUCCAAAUAUUAACUUUCUGUUUUGCUGCCUUAAUUUUUUAAGUGAACAGAAGGCCUGAAAAAAACACACACACACAAAAGAUAGCCGGCGAGAUGCGGCGGGCGGAUAAAAGAGCUGGCCAUCGCUUCUUGUUGUGAAGAUGCUUGGUACGGUUCUCUUUUACUUUUUCUCCCGCGCUUGGUAUGCCGAGGAGAGGUUUCACCUCGAAACGAAAGCUGCCAUCCAACGGCUAUCUGAUUGCAAUUUUUUUCGCCCUCGAAAGGGAAACUUGAGCACAAGCCGAAAAAGAAAACGACAUUGUCUGCUGCAAACAUUUGAGACAUCAGCCAUGGCCACCCGGUCCCGUCUUUCUCCAUCCUCUCAUGAACGAACGGCUCAUGCUUCUGGGUGAGCUCCUCAUUUAGACGUUUUUUUAAAAGAAAGAUCUAUUAUAUAUAUAAAUAUAUGUGUAUUUAAAGGUGCUAAUCAACCUUGAGCAGGUCACGUGACUGGUCAUGCGGACUCGAAAGAUCAUAUCAGAUUUCUUUUUUUAAAGGAAAAAAAAUCCUCAAUAUAUGCAGAUGUUAUACAGAAUUUCUUACCAGUGUAAUAAUGAUAUACUGAUUUAAAUAAAACAAAUCCUGCAGGGUUCGAAGGACAAGGUCAGCAAUACUUCCCACCGUGGCUUUGGGGGAGGAACGUUUUUUGAAAAGGAUCGUUUUGUCUCCCUUUUCCCCUCUUUUUUAAUAACGCAGCAUAAUGCACAACGCGUUCUUUUUCUUUCUUUCUUUUCCCCUUAUCUCUCAGUAGCUGAUGCUUGGGAAAUUAAAAGUUCAAAGGGUUAUGCAAACUGGAAAGGUGUGCUAUAUAUAUAUAUAUAUAUAUAUAUGGAAACAAAAACCUCCAGACCCUUCUGAACCUGUCUUGCAACGGUUUGCAAGGCAUCAGCUUUAACGUCGAUAAAAACCAGUUUCUCUGUGAGUUUGCAUUUUGUGCUGCCGCCGCCGCCACCACCUCCUUCCCUUGGGACACAAAAAUGCCGACAGCGCACGGGACUGCGAUGUUCCCAGUUUAACUUUUUUGCACAAAGUGCGCCGUGCGACACGGGAGCCGCGCUCGGUCCAUUUUCCCAAAACCAACCGGAAGGACAAAGCUUGAAACAUUUCCCCCCCAGUUUUGCUCCUCGAUGUGCAAAUUACAUUGCAAGGUGGGCUUUUUUGGGGGGAGGGUGCAUGGGACAAGGGAAAGGAUAUCAGUUCCAAAUCCAAGACUGAUUGUCACCUUCCUCUUUACCGGCCGCUGAGCGUCGUUGAUCGACAUUUUUUUUCUUCCUUUUGCCUUAUUUCAUUCCAAAAAGGCUAGCUUUAAACCAUUUGGUUUCCUGCGCCCAUAUAUAUAUAUAUAUAUAUAUAUAUAUAUAUAUAUAUAUUUGCGUGGCAGAGGUGACUGCGGAACAAACCUCUCUGGCUCAGCGUGAGAGUUUGAACUCCCAAAACACACGCACACAUGCAGUUGCCAAGAGGCUGGAGUUUUGCGUAUUCCUUUUGUCUUGGUUGC